UAGACUCAUCGAUUGAUGGCAGGUUCUGGACCCUGUUCAGACAAUGAUGAAUAGGUGUAGAAUUAAGGGAUAGUGCUAUAUAAGACCGGCUGUUGUCGAGGUCUCUCAGAUCACGGGCCGCCUUCAGCGCAUGUCAAUAGUAAACAAACCGACAUCAGAUAAGCAUGAAUUCCAUCCUUCUUCCGUGUCUCAUAGGCACCUUGAUCGUCCACGUGAGUCAAGCUGCCGUGGUUGCAACAGCAGGUUGUGAGAGCGAGGGUAAAGUGUACAAAGAUGGAGACAAAUGGCCCGUUAAAUGUAGUGCUGUAUGCGAGUGUGUCAAGCACGAGGAACACUUCAACAUCCAGUGUGUGUCAAUGUGCCCCCCUUCUUACAGCCCAGGCUGUACAAAGAGAUAUUUAUCUACCAGGAACGAGGACACUUCGACUGACUGCUGCCCUGUAUGGGAUUGCCCCACGAGUUGUGAGAAGGAUGGUGUGACCAUUCCCAGCGGACAAAUGGAAGAGCUAGGGACGGAGAUAUGCGGAUGUCACAACGGUGAAUUGGAGUGCUUCCCGAUGUUUACAAAAUGAACACUUUUCUGCAAUCUCUUAGCCUUAGUCAUGUGAUGUGUAAAAAUGACUAAAUAUGGUCCAUAUGUUGGGUGAAUCAUGUAUAUUGUGAGCAAUGUACAAAACGUGAUGGGCCUACUAACCAUCAAAAUAGACAGUUCCAAAAGUAUAUGUGUUGUAGGGUUAAUACAGUGCUUGUCAUUCUUUUUUUAAAAAUAUUAUCAAAUUAUUUCUACGUCUGUAUGUUAACGUUGUUUAAAACAGUUUAUGUUUUCAUCGUUAAAUGGAUUCACAUAGUCUCAGCUCUAACAGGAAAAAGGCGUGUAACCUAUAUGGUGAUAAAACCUGUCUGCGUGUACCUUGUUGAUUUAUGAAAACAACUUUUCACUUCGCAGAAGACUUACUACAGAAAGACCUAGCAUCCUACUUGCAUGGGGUCCUAUAUGCCUAUAAGUUAGGGUACAUGUUUUUGCGCUAUGUAGAAAAGCAUUCAACAUUUAGGUCAGAAAUAAAGAAAUUGAGAAACAAG